CGGAUGGUGCAGUAGUGGAAGACAGGAUUGGUAGGGGUCGUGUAUAAGGCUGACAAUGAAGGCAUAUGUCGGACAAUACUCAAGAGCGCAAGGCAUCCUGUAGGCGUAUAUAUCUUGCAGAGAUGUCAGUGUAUGUUCAAUCACAAAGCUAGACACUAGUAACAGAUUGCUCAAGAUACAGAGCGACUUCAACUCACGUUGCAUCAACGAGCGAUCACCAUUCUUAAUCACCAUCUACUCCUGUCGCCAUUUCGGAAAUAACCACCAUGGCUAUGGCCGAUCAACCUCGAAUCGCCAUUAUAGGCGCUGGGCCUGCUGGACUAACGUUGGGUCUGUUAUUGCACAAGCAAAAUAUCCCAUUCACUGUCUACGAUUUACGCUCCAAGCCCACGGACGAAGACUUCGAGCAAUCAUCCGGCAUGCUCAACUUGAAUGAGGGCAGUGGCUUGGAUGCUAUUCGUGCGUGUAGACUGUACGAUGAGUUCCUCUCUCAGACAGGUGAAUGCUCUGAGGCGGACGUCGUAGCGGACAAGGAAGGCAACAUCCUCCAUAGCGACGAAGGAAAUGGCAAUCGACCAGAAAUCUCGCGUCUCGCUUUGACGAAGUUGUUGAUGUCCCAUAUUCCAGAGCAUCGGAUUCAGUGGCAGCACAAGCUCUUGGGGGCGCGACCAAACGGCAGAGGAAGUCAGUAUGAGCUGGACUUUGGCCCACUUGGAACACGUACAGCCGACCUGCUUGUCGGCGCCGAUGGUGCUUGGUCACGGGUCCGUUCUCAGCUCACAGACAAGAAGCCACACUAUAGCGGAAUAACUUUCAUCACGCUCACCAUCCCAGAUUUCGAGGAGCGCUAUCCACAUCUCGCGGGGUUCGUUGGGCAAGGUAGCUUUGCAGCUCCGGGUGACGGGAAUGUUGUCAUGUGUCAGCGCGGAGUGGGCGGCACCGCUAGGAUAUAUUUGGCAGUCAACACACAGGAGGAAGAUUUUGCUACCCUGAGCGGUCUCAACACGGCUGAUACAUCAGAAGCGAAGGGCAAACUAUUAAGCGUCGAUACGAACGAGCGCCGUUGGAAGAUGUUUGGUACCUUCGGGCCCAAGUUACAGGAACUGAUCACGCGUGGGCUUGAGAACCAGAUAGGUCCACUCGACAUCAAUCCCCUCUAUAUGCUCCCGGUCGGCCAGUUGGCUUGGAAGCACAAGGCCGGCAUCACACUCAUUGGUGAUGCCGCACACUUGAUGACGCCUUUCGCAGGCGAAGGUGUUAACCUAGCCAUGCGUGAUUCACUCGGUGUGGGCAAUGCGAUCAAAGAUGCUUGGCAGAGCAACGUGGAUAUCACGCCAGAGGCAUUCAGGACAGCUCUGGAAAUCCCGCUGACCGCAACAGAGGAAGAGCUAUUCGUCAUUUCGGAGGCAACAGCUGAGGACACUUGGAACAACCUGCAGCUCUUCGUGUCUCCGGAUGCAGCUCCAAAGUUGGCCAAGUUCUUCUCGGGACACCAGCAUCAAGAGUAGUCAUUCGGAUUGCGAGACUUUGCUACGGAAAUUUAUAUGAUGGAAUGAGAAAUCGGGCGAUUGAUAUCGACUGUAUUUUAGUGCGAAAACAAUUACAUUGUUGAGUUACUUAACAAUCGAAAAGCAUUUUAGAUAUCACCACAACAACAGAAACAAUCCAGAAU